AACCUGCUCGAGCAAUGGUUCAGUGAGCAUUUCGUUGCUCUCAUCUCAUGCAAUACCUCAGUCGUAUAUUUUUCAUCGCAAUGCGGAUCUAGUCGUCCUGCACUUAAUUUAUUCGUUUUUCUUUCUUUUCGCUGUGUUAUUAGUCCAUGUAUGCUCUUGUUCGGUCAACGAGGAGCCUCGGCCGAAAUCCCCCCUUCACAACUCCAAAAUGUCUUAGUGGUCGAGGUUACAAUUCAUUGAGAAUUCGGCCCCUGGCGUUUGGAUCGACUGCUUUAGGCCCCUUCCACCAACGAAACACACUACAAGGCACGAGGCCUCAGUCACGAUUUAUUACAUCGACUUCAGAGGUUAUUUUCAAGGAAGACACCAUCUAUGCCUUGUCAACAGCACAAGGCCGGGCCGGCAUCGCCGUAAUACGCGUGUCUGGUCCAGGGUGUACAGCUGUCUACAAAGGUCUAUGUCCGAAUAAGGCAUUACCGAAACCUCGAUAUGCAUCAGUCAGAACCCUCAUAGACGGGCAAGCCGGCGACGAGGCACCAAUCCUGGAUUCAAACGCCUUGGUGCUGUACUUCCCCGGACCCAAAACAGUAACCGGAGAAGACGUCCUGGAACUCCACGUCCACGGCGGCCCCGCAACAGUCAAGGCAGUCCUCGCCGCGAUUUCGCGAUGUGCCUCCGCCUCCGAAAGCAGCGUCAUCCGCUACGCCGAACCAGGCGAAUUCACCAAACGAGCCUUCCUCAACGACAGACUCGAUCUCGCACAGGUAGAGUCCCUGGGCGACACCCUCUCCGCCGACACGGAGCAACAGCGCCGCGCCGCGGUGCGCGGCAGCUCAGGCAGUCUAGGCCGGACCUACGAGGCGUGGCGCGAGCAGCUCCUCCUAGCCAGGGGCGAGAUCGAGGCCCUUAUUGACUUUUCUGAGGAUCAGCACUUUGACGAAUCCCCCACGGAGCUGAUGGGCAACGUCAGCGCGCUCGUCGCCGAGAUGCGGCACGGGAUCCGGGUCCACGAGGAGGGCGGCCAGCGCAGCGAGCUGCUGCGCAACGGUAUCCGCAUCGCGCUGCUUGGCCCGCCCAACGUCGGCAAGAGCUCGCUGAUGAAUCUCGUCGUUGGGAGGGAGGCGUCCAUUGUUUCGAUGGAGGCUGGUACGACGCGGGAUGUUGUCGAGGUUAGUCUUGAUAUACGGGGGUACCUCUGCUCUUUCGCGGAUACGGCUGGCAUCAGGACGAGACUUGCUGCCGGCGAGGGCGGUGGUGGUGACCCCUCUGAACCUGCGUUGGGACUGGUAGAAGAGGAGGGUAUCCGGCGCGCGAAGCAAAAGGCCUCGGAAUCCGACAUCAUCGUCGUCUUGGCGGCCGUCGAGCCUAAGCCAGGUCCUGACGGCGGUUUCCGGAUCAACUACGACGCGGAAACAUUACAACUGGCAUCCGAGGCGCAGGCCUGCUUGAUCGUAGUCAACAAGCGCGACGCCGUCGACGCCGCCACUUUCUCCAGCCUCCUCGAGCGCUUCAGAAACGAAACGGCUUCUCAAGUACCAAACCUACACACAACGGAGAUCAUCACCAUCUCCUGCCGCGAAGCCGAAGCGCAAGCCAAGUCCCCUUCCUCCCCCGCCAACGCCAGCGCCAGUCAGAAAGACCCGGGCGCGAUCCACGGGCUCAUCGACCGGCUCGUCGAGUCGUUCGCCGGCAUGACGGCCCUUCCCGUGGACCAGCAAGACCUGUUGGGCGUCACGGCCAGGCAGGCGCAGCUACUUGAGCAGUGCCGCGGGUUCCUGGAUGACUUCACGGCCGUCGCGCACCCUGAAGAAGGGGGAGACGGCGAGGAGCCUGAUAUUGUCCUGGCGGCGGAGCAUCUGCGAUACGCGGCAGACAGUCUUGCCAAGAUUACGGGGCGAGUUGAGGCGGGGGAUGUGGAAGAGGUUCUUGGGGUGAUUUUUGAAAAGUGAGUACCAAGUAUCUUUUAUCUCUCAUUUGUUGUUGUAAAGUUCAUUGACACGUUUUGGCUUUCUUCAGGUUUUGUGUAGGAAAAUAGUGAUUAGACUACUAUC